AUGAAGGCUUUUGCAGAAGUCAUAAAAGAACUGUGGUCGGAAAAUUCGACUGACCAAGGUGUCAAUAUGAACUCUUUGAAGUGCACAAUCCAAAAAUUUGCGCCGUGCUUCAUCGGUAAUGCACAGCAAGACGCACAAGAAUUCAUGCGCUCUCUGCUCUUGGGUUUGCACGAGGAUAUCAAUAAGGUUAUCGAGAAGUCCGAUCCUGAGUUUACAGAUGUCGAAGAAAUUCUGGAUGUCAACGAAAUGGCUUUGGAAUCGUGGUCGAGAUUCUUGAAAGUGGAGAAUUCGGAGAUAGUCAAUAAUUUCGUUGGUCUGCUUAAGUCUUCAUUGAACUGCACGUAUUGCGGCUAUUCCUCAGUGACGUUUGAUCCCUUUUGGGAUUUGCCAUUGCCAAUACCACAGCGAACGCGCCAACUGAGUUUGUUCCAAUGCUUGGACUCAUUUACCAGAGAGGAGUCAUUGAAUGGCGAAGACAAGCCUACUUGCCCCAAAUGCAAGGAAAGGCGAAAAUGUACAAAGUCAUUAUCUUCCAUCUGA